GUGAUUUCUAAGAGUUGCGCUCGUACGCCAUGACCUGCCAAAGAUGCUAUAACAAGCAUAUUUAAGGCCUUUCUCACAGGAGUUAACUACAACAAGACGUAGAGUAGUCAUCAAACGGGUUGCGAACGGGUUGGGAACGAAGUUGCUCUUCACCAUCAAUUUACACCCUGCACCCCAGCUUCGUCCUCAACCCUGCAUACAGGACGGUGGUUAAGCGGCCAUAAGCAGUAAGCGCCAUGGCGUAUAACCUUUAUCAGGUGCAGAUGGCGAAAGCCUGGGCUGAGCGUAUUGAGAAGGAGACAGCGCAGGCAGAGAAGUUCUGGCACCAGCAGACAAUGAAGGCCGGCAACGUGCCAGCGCCAGUACCUGGCGCCUAUCCAAGCAGCGUACCGCCCAUUCUUAUGACUGAAGAAGCGUUGUCCAUGGCUGGCUCAGCUCCGGCACGGUCUGCUGCUCCUACCGGGUACACUUCGAAGACGUCGUACCUCCGGUCUCGCCUCGAGAAGCUGGAGGAGGAGCUCAGCGCCGAGCGCGAGUCACGCAGGAAAGCUGAGGAAGACCUCCAAGAACUGCGGAAGAACAUCAAGCGCCAUUAGUUCAUGUUAGGCCGCUCCGCACGUCAGUGUCAGAACCCAGCUCCGCCUAACUGCUGCAUGGUUAUGUGGGACAGCGCCAGCUAGCGGGAGCUUGAAGCAACAAAUGUGGCUGCUGUCUUGCGGAGAGCAGCUUUAGGUCGACGGGGUUUGGCAUAGGCAGCAAGCAUGAACGCGGAUUUCUUGGCGAGCAAACGCCUCAGGGUAUCAUGCAUCAGCUAGAUCAUACGAUCCGGUAUCGCGGCCGCCAGGUCUUCAGGCAAUGCACCUUUGGCGGUGCGUCAAGAUUGCGUGGCUUUCGUUGUAGCUUUAACUACUAGGAUACAGCCUUAUCUAUUUUAAGUGAUUAAACAGUGCGUCUGCCGUGCCAUGAUGGGUUACGUGUGUUCGUCACAUGGCAACCGUGAGACUGCUGUUAUCUGUCAUUGGGGGAGUGCAUUGUACAUGGCGUCUUAGCCCUUGGGGUGUGCGCAGGCUUGGUGUAUUCGGCAGGAGUACUGUGAAGUGCUGGCACAUGCCAGAGCACCCGAGCAUAGGCUGGUGGGCUUCCUCGUAAGGGCAUUAGCACUGUCAGAAGGUUUGGAGGAAGGUCGCGUAAGCCAGUACGGCAGUGCCUUGCGGGGUCCCGGUCCAUAUACGGGUACGAGAGAGCUUGCUUCGUCUGCAUCGCGGUAAUUUUCAUUGGUGGAGCCUUCGCAUGGAAACAUGAAUGUGGCAUGGUGGCCGCAUGAUGAGAUGGGACGCCGUGUAGGCGCGAAACUUGGGUUAGGCAGGUUGACAUGUGUUUGUUCUGACCUUAUUUACAGCUAGCGUAUAUAACGCUGGUUCCUUCUUUCUUUUCGACACGACUAAGACGUGACAGACUACACUGCAGUAGUGAUGAUCCUUAAGGGUUCAG